AUGCUUGUUCUUAAUGCAAUUGCACUCCUCGCUGGCCUGUCGACUGUGUCGGCAGUGCCUACGGCCCAGCCGCGUCGUCGAGGCUUCACUCUCAACCAACUUAUCAAGCCAACGACUCAAGGACUAUCGCGAACUGUCAACCUUCCAGGGAUGUAUGCCGGCGUAUACACCAAAUUUGGGGCGAAUGUACCUACGGAUAUCAAAUCUGCUGCGGAUAAUGGCACCGCAGUCGCUAAACCGGAGGACAAUGAUAAGGAAUACUUGACGCCAGUGAAGAUUGGGGACACAACAUUGAAUUUGGAUAUUGAUACUGGGUCUGCGGAUCUGUGGGUGUUUUCGAGCGAAUUAUCUACCACCGCGCAAAGUGGUCACAGCAUCUACAAGCCAGCAUCCAACGCGACUAAGAUGGAAGGAUACAGCUGGGAGAUCUCCUACGGUGACGGAAGCGGUGCGACAGGCGACGUCUACAAGGACACCGUUACUGUCGGUGGUGUCACGGCGCACGGUCAAGCAGUCGAAGCGGCCAAAAAAAUCAGUCAAUCGUUCGUGUCUGAUAAAAAUAAUGACGGCUUGAUGGGGCUGGCGUUUAGCUCUCUUAACACUGUCAAACCCCAUGCCCAGAAAAACUUCUUCGACACUGUCAAGGAUGACCUCGAUGAACCUGUGUUUGCGGUAGCUCUCAAGCACCAUGCGGCAGGCUCUUACGACUUUGGAUACAUUGAUAAAUCCAAGUACACCGGUUCACUCACGUACACCGAAGUCGACAGCACAGACGGAUACUGGAUGUUCACAGCGGAAGGCUACGGCAUCGGUGAUGGUGAUGCUAACUCAACCCCUCUGACUGGGAUUGCAGACACCGGUACGACCCUUCUCAUGCUUCCGGAAGAGGUCGUCGACGCAUACUACAAGCAAGUCUCUGGCGCGAAGAGGAACGUAAUGGCCGGUGGCUACGUCGUCCCCUGCGAUGCUGAACUGCCAGACUUCACCACCGUCAUUAGCAGCACGGCCAGUAGCGGCUCCGGCAGCAGUACCGGUAGCAGCCCCAGCAGCAGCAGUACUCCUGGCUUUGGCGGCAGUUUCGGCAGUGGUGGUAGUGGAUUCGGUGAUGGUGGCCUUGGUAGUAUUGGCGACCUCCUUGGCAGUGGUAUUUUCUCCAACAAACGCAGCACCAGGAGCAGUGGAAGUGGAAGCUACAAAGCCGUCACGCCUGGCAAGCACAUCAAGAUGUCCGCUAUCGACGAGGAAGGGUCAAGUUGUUUUGGUGGGAUCCAGAGUAACUCUGGGAUGUCGUUUUCGAUCUUCGGGGAUGUGUUUUUGAAGAGUCAGUACGUGGUUUUCGAUCCUGAGAAGCCGCGGUUGGGAUUUGCGCCUCAGGCUUGA